AGCGAGUCAGACUGAAGCCGGUUCUGACGGACUGUGCUACUGUCGAAAUGUCCUUCUACAUUAGCGUUACAUAUUUAUAGUUAGCGCUUUACAGCCGUAGGUAGGAAGGUUUGUUAGCUUAAAUCACUUUGUCAGAAAAUUCUACCAGCAGCAAAACUCCAGGAAGGACUUCCUGAGAGUUUGAAUCACUUCAUCAAAAAGUGCGACCAGCUUUAAAAUAAACAGUUAGAGACUAUUGCGUUCAAGUGACCAGCUGAAGAAGACACGUCUGAGCCAUCCGAGAGUGAGAUGGCAGUCCAGGCAGACAGAGUGAUGGCACUGGAAGAAUGGGAGGAAAGGUGGAACGAAGGCAGGAUUGGCUUCCACCAACCGCACGUUCACAGAAUGCUGGAUAGCAAUUUAGACAAAAUUUUAUGUGGGCGACAGCAAGUUAGGUUCUUCUUCCCUCUCUGUGGUAAAGCUGUAGACAUGAAAUGGCUGGCUGACAUGGGUCAUGUGAUUGUUGGGGUGGAGUUUUCAGAGAAAGGCAUAAAGCAGUUUUUUGAAGAACAUGGACUGCAGUAUAAAGAAGAGCCAGUGCCAGCUGUACCUGAAGCAAAAGUGUUCAAGAGUUCCGACGGAAAGAUUUCCAUCUAUCAGUGUGAUUUGUACAAGUUCUCCAGUGCUAUAGAGGGUCGGUUUGGUGCAGUUUGGGAUAGAGGCUCUCUAGUGGCCAUAAACCCAUGUGACAGGCAGAAGUAUGCCACGCUCAUGAAGUCCUUAAUGGACAAAGACUGCAGAUACCUUCUAGACACAUUAGAAUACAACCCUGAAUUCUACAAAGGUCCACCUUUUUUGGUGACUGAAGAGGCUGUACAAGCAUUAUAUGGUGAAGAUUGUGACAUUGAGCUGUUGCAGGCUGUGGAUGCCCUUGAAGAAAGGCAUAAAGCAUGGGGAAUAGAUUCACUUCUAGAGAAAGUCUACCUUCUGACUUUAAAACCUAACUGAACUAAUUGAACAGAUGUGGCCAGUGGGUACAUAAACAGUACUAUGACAUACACUUAGCACUUUAUUAGAUACUCUUACUGUCAGUUUCAUAUCAGCUACACUUAUAUAUGAGUACAUUAAAGUUCUACAGUUACAAGCUGUAGUCCAUCUGUUUCUCUGUAUAAUUGUUAGCCCCACUUUACCCUGUUCUUCAGUGGUCAGGGCUACCACAGAGCAGGUAUAAUUUUGGUGGUGGUGACACUGAUG